CGUCACCCAUGACGUCACAGCCCCUAAUACUCGCCUCGUCCGACGGUUUUUUUCCCCCAAUAAACUUCUAACCCUGCGUCGCGCGUCCGGACAGGCAGUGGACCGACGUCGUCUCCGGGCAAAGUUGACCGAGCGGCCGGCUGGUGCACUUUGAAGCUUCUCCGCUUCGCUCAAGCUUAGUUUAGCUUAGCUUCUCUUAGCUUAGCUCGCUAGCUGCGAACAAAGACGCGGAAGGGGGCAACUGUGCGGAAAGUGUGGGUGAAAAUGUGCAAAGUAGAAAUGCUGAAGGCGCUGCUGAAUCAGCGGCUGAGCGCGGCCGUCGAAGAAAUCUUCGGAGUCUUUGCGAGAACCAUCGCAGAGUACGAGGAGGAACUUUGUCGAACAAAAGAGGAGAACGAGAGACAACGUCACCUGCUGGACGCCGUUUUCAGGCCUCAAGCUGACACACUUGGACCAGACGUCAGUGAAGAAGAGCAUCGGGAGUGGAGCUUCAAAGUGGAGCGACGGGAACCAGAGGCCCCGCACAUUAAGGAGGAAGCGGAGGAGGCCCAUAUCGCCGAGUCGCCAUUGACCGCCGUUCCUUUCGAGAGGGAAGAUGAUGAAGGCGAGCGGUCGCCGCGGCUUCGCCGUCAACGCCAGCGAAGCCGAUGGCCGCAGCCUCCGAGUCGACGCGUGGCAACAGAAGGCGACGGCGACCAAACAGAAAGCCUCCUCACUCGACUGUCAGAUAGCGACCAGAGGGCGUCGCGACACGCCGACAACACACACUGGAAGUGCUCGCAAUGCGACAAGGCCUUUGGGAGCAAGUAUACGUUGACGAGGCACAUGAAAAGUCACACCGUCGGCAAAGAGCACUGGAAAUGCUCUCAGUGCGGGAGAACUCUCGGGGACAGGAGGAACCUGAGGAGACACAUGAUGGUUCACACGGGAGAGAAACCCUUCAUGUGCGCAAUCUGCGGGAAAAGAUUCUCUCAGAAGGCCAAUUUGAUAACGCACACGAGAACGCACACCGGCGAGAAGCCCUUUUCCUGCUCGCUCUGCAGCAAACGUUUUGGCGACCGCUCGGCGUUGAUUCAGCACAAGAAAACGCACGCCGGGGGCAAACGUUUCGCCUACGCGGCGUACAACCAAAGUUGUCACGUCCAUUCAAAUCUGGGCCAACACGUGAGAACAAACUCUGGGCAGAAACCAUCUGCUUAGUUUGCGCUCACAGACGCCAAAUAUCAGCAAACGCGACACGGUGAGGACAGUUUUACAAGCGUAGUUGACGAAAACUACGGUGGGUGUUCGCGUAUCGGAUAGCGUGUCUUAAAUUGUGCCGCAAAAGCUCAUCGUCGUCUUUCAUGUGCUGUGUCUAUGAACCGACUUUACGCAUACAUGUCAAACCGUAUAGAAGUUUUGUGGAUACAAAUAAAGUUUUUUUUAAACGAU